CCGCUCCUCGCUGGAGAACAAAGAGGAUCAAUUAAGAGUGUGCAAUUACCGCCGUGCCCUGCCGGCAGCAGGCACGGCUCGGAACGCCUUGGCUCCCGUCGCUCUCCCAGGGCAGAGUGCUCCCCUCUGUUAAGCCGAGGCGGUUUGGGGCCACGCAGCGCUAAUGAGCACAACACACGUUUAAAAAUCAGCCAGUUUAGUGUAUUAAACACAAACUUAAAGUGGGGAAAUAGAGACUAAAGCACAUGUGCCCUUGAAUGUCUUCUCUAGGAUCCUUGCGAGCCUGUAGCAGAAUGGAUCAGAACCAAUGCACAGCUGUUACUUAAUUUUUCACUGCUUUUCAUGCCUCUUAGUUGUAUUUGGGUAUUUCCUUUUGUUAGUCACCUUUUCAGCAUUUGGAACAAUAAUGUGGUCCUAAUAAAUUUUGCUGUCAGUGUCAGCAUGAUUUAUGCAUGUGGUCAUCCAUGGUAAUAGUUAAUGCUCUGAGACUAUUUCAUUUUACAGCAUCCUGGACACAGUUACUGGUGACAUUUCUCAUCAUCCUGUGGCGGGGUAAACAGUAGCAGUUUUGCAAAGUAUCAGAGCAGUUCUGCGGGUUCAGAGGGGACCUUCCGCCUACUGAAAUACUUUGUAGAAUGUGUGCGCCUUCAUAGAUCAGCAAAUUGAGGUGAGGUUAACCAACUUGCUCAAGGUCAUGGAGUGUCAGUGACAGAGUUAGCAACAAUGGAAUCCAGCCAUCCUGGCUGCUGGCUCUGUGCUCUCAUCACUGGGUGACGCUCCCAAAUAAUUGCAGGUAGUUUAAACAUUGAUUUGCGUAAGUGCCCGUUGAGGCCUUCAAAACAUUUUGGAGAAACAAAAUGUUUAUGGUGUGCUUCAGAUCCCAUGCUGCAUUUGCAUGUAGCUUAAGGUGAUUGCUCAGCUUGGCAUAGGAAGGAAUUUUGAAGGCUUUGUGGUUUAUUUGGUAAAUAUGUGCUCAAAACCCAUCAGUUUUACUGGGUAUAAAGUGUAGAAAGACUUGUGUAGAUUUAGGAGGUAGAUCAUGAGAUGUAACAAAAGUAGAUUACACUGUCAUUAGGCAACUUUUAAAGCAGCAGUGUGGAGGCAUGACUGUAAAGAGGUUUUCUUCUGAAUUAAGUGUUUACCUGAUGACAUUCUGUAGAGUUAUUUGCAGUUGUUAUGAAGAAAAACAACCAACAAAUGCCCUGGGAAGCCAUGGUGAUGAGGCUGUUGGAAGUUAAAAUGAGAACAAAAAAGUUCCUCAGUUGAUUUAUUUAUUCAACAGAUACUUGUUAAGUAAAAACAAAUCACAAUGGAUGUUUUUUCUCACCCUGGAGAGAAGUUACGUUUCGCUUUGUGUUUUUCUCUGUCAAGUUAAAUUUAUGAAGAAAGGGAUUUCAAAGGAAACACUGGCAGAUCUGUGCUAUUGUGACACCAGCAGUAUAUAUUUAGUAACUUCAUGGAGGAAAGAUCCCUAUUGUGCUGCAAAAAUACCAGUGACAAUUGUUUGUCAGGACUUCAAAGGGCGCUGGGAAGUGAGCUGGCAUUGUUCAGGUGUUGCACACUGGCCCUGGCAAAUGUUACCUGUGACAGAUCCCUGCUCCUGUGGGAAUUCCAUCCUGGGAGAAGCCCAUCUGUGCAGUGCAGAUCACAGGCUGACACCACAGAUCCUGGGCUGGGACAGAUUUGCUUGUGCUUACCUUUUUGUAAUCUGCAAGUAACCGUGGUGACUGUUGACCACAAAAUUCAGUGGUUGUGGUGCAGUGGGGAUGCAGAAGAGCAGCAGCUGAGUUUCUGUUCAUGAACUCUCCGGGGUACAUGACCUUGUUCUCACCAUUAGAGCUGCUGUGGGGUUAAUUUGUGCAAAGAAGUUGUGGUGAUACAGCUUUUGUUGUAUUUGUGGUGAUACAAAGUUCCUCUGUAAAAGUGUUGCCAGCUUCUCGUGAAUGGGAAGGGUGUGCUGUUAUCAAGAGUAUCAGUACUAAACCAUCACAUCUCCCUAUCACAUGUGUGGUCUUUGGGAAAAGUGCUUUUAUUACUGUCACUUGGUGAGAUGUCCCAGCAAGGUGACUUCUAAGCUAAAGCUGUUGUCCCAAAAAAGGAUGCUGGUUUGCUUGCUUAGGAAUACAGAAAUUUAUACCCUGAAUGAUGCUGCUGUGUCAGCAGAUGUGUCUGCUGCAUGCCUGCCAGACAUGACUUUUGUAAGUUGGGGCAAGUAGCUCCUCAUCCAGCCAAGUUAAAUAGGAAAAGGAAGCAAUAAUGGGAUAUUCUUUUUUGAGAUUGGUGGCUUUCCACAUGCUAGUUGUGGAAUCCUGGGAGGUUUGCACAGUGUUUUACACAGAUGUGUAACAAAAAUGAGCCUGUUGGUAGGCAUAGUGAUCCAUACCUCCACUGAUACUGAGAAUUGUGGGGUUUUGGACGCUGAACACUUGCCAUGGACUGAGCUGAAGAAACUGAAGAUGUGGGAUGAAGCCAGGAAUUGGAAUGAAACAUGCAGUGUUUAAAUAAAAAACUAAAGCAUCAAAAUCAUACUGAUUAUUAUAAAUAAUACUUGAAGAUUUUAUUAGGCGUAGUCAAUUAAGUUGUGUAGCAGCAGCUUGCUGUUGGUUUAAUGGUAGCUGCAAAUAUUUAUUUGAAAAAAAUCCCUUUUGUUAAUGUCAAAAUUUGCCUGUAUUUCUGUUACACAUGGUGUGCAAAGUGUAGAUAGAUAUGAGAACCAAAGAUUCCAACAUAUUCUUACUGCAUACUGCAUUGAGCUAACUUUGGUAUAAGAAAUUUAAAUAAAUCAUCUUCUGCCUAUGACAAGCAUCAAAAGGUAUUUUGUAUUCCUGCGUGCUGGCAGUUUUUCCACAUUAGCUUUUCAUAUAGUCUUAAUAUGUUUGACUGGAACAAUGAAACUCACUUUGCAAUAGUGCAUGAAGUUCAAGAAAUAAUACUGACACUUGCUGUGCAAAGUCAUUCCAGAGUUUGUUGAUUCUUCUGAAACAAAAGGGAUUCACUGUAAUUCCAAGAAGCACUCAGAACCCAAAUUGCCACUUAGGGAGCCAUUUCUUUUUCUAGACUCUUCUUAAUAAGGUAACAGAACAUCAGCUUGGAACACUGUCAUUGGGGAUUUGUUUUCAGAAUAUUAUUAGUAGCAUUUCAGUGAAGUGGAAACAAACCUGUGCUCUGAAAAGGAACUGGAUCAUGGGGAAAGACAUUCCUGUGAGAUCCAUGAACUUGAAUUCUACAGGGAUAAUUUGCUAUUUUAAUAACUAAAUAAAUAAAAUUAAAAGCUCAGUUUGUGAAUAAGAAUCAGAACCUGUAAACCUGAUGGUAUGACAGAUGUACUUUGUAAACACAUGAAUGUGUGUCAUGUUUCAAGUAUGGAAUAUGUAUCUGGUGCUUGGAAAUGUGAUCGUUGUGAUGUUUAGAAUGCAGAAACAAGUGUUUGUUUUUGAUUGUUCAUAAUGUUUGGGCUAUUUGCUGCUAGAAAUGUCAGAAGCUAAAUUCUUUAAGGUGCACCUAUCCAGUGUAUUGAGCUGGAGAACAGGUAAAAUGUACCUUAUUUUAAAAAGCUCUGUGGGAAGUGGAAAUGACAUCUAAUGAGUUAGUAGGAACUUUUUUUUGUUUUAAUACUUUUUGCUAUAAAGUUAAACCUCAAAGGACACCUUCAGUUUGAUAAUUAAUCUAUAGAAGCUGCAGUAAAAUAUGACCUUCCUGGGGGAGGAGAAAGACUUUGUUCUCUCUGUCAUGUGUUGAGUCAAUGGUAUGUGUGCUGAGGAGUCUGGCCUUAAUUUUAUUUUAUGAAUUACAUUUGGGAUUGUUUCUUGGUUGGGUCAUUGGUUCUGGUUUUAGUUCUGGAAUGUCACUCAAAAUAAAACAGCUGUGGGGGUGGCAGAGGGAGAGUUGUGAUGAUUGUACUUUGGGUAGAGGUGGUAGAAAACCUGUCAUGUCUUAACAAAGCAGUGAAUCCCAAACCUGUUUACUGUUACUCAUCUCAGUUAUUUUCCCAUUCAUUACCUGUAACUAUGCAGUUGGAGCAGGGAGUUUGGUUUAAACAAGACAUGAAGGUGUUCCCCAUUCCUUUGUUCUGAGUCCCUGGGAUUUGACAUACCUGGGUGCCUAGGUGAGGAGAUUCCUAACCUGUUAUACCUCAUCCAGGGAGGUCAUCCCCAUGGAAAGGUUCCUGCCCAAGCAGUGACUCCUGCUGCCUCAGUGUCCUUGCAUUUCCUCAUUUCUGCCCUCGUGGUUCUGAUGUGUUGCUGUCCUGAGGCAAGGAUGGGAUUGCUUUCUGCUGUCGUUGUUUGGUUUGUGUUGUAAAGACCCAGCAUAAGCAGCCCUAGUCAUGGGCUGGGCCCCAGAUGUGCCAUGAUACACUGGAGAGGUGCUUAUCCAUUUGUUUUGUAGCAAUUUGUUAAAUAGAUGGAAGCCCAAUGCAAAUACUGUUUUUCUAUUUCAGUAUUUUUGAAGGAGCCCAAGUAGAGGUAGAUUCAUAAUCAAGCAUCAUGUUUUGUAUUUUUGCACCUUUGUUAACUGCCUCAGUUUAGUACAGACUUAUGGAAAUAAUCUUCUUGCCUUUUCUCUUUUUUUCCCCCUUUUUUUUCCUUUAGAAUUGCCAAAAUGCUUUGGAAUUCUUAAACGAUUCAAAAGCUGAAGUCUCUGAGGAUACAAAAGCAUAAGAACACAAGAAGCAGCAAGGAGGAUUCAGUGCCAAUGCAGCAACAAAAAAGACAGCCAGAGUUAGUGGAAGGAAAUCUUCCUGUUUUUGUUUUUCCUACAGAACUUAUAUUUUAUGCAGAUGACCAGUCAACACACAAGCAGGUGUUGACUCUAUAUAACCCCUAUGAGUUUGCCUUAAAAUUCAAAGUUCUUUGUACAACUCCAAAUAAAUAUGCGGUGGUGGAUGCUACUGGUGCAGUGAAGCCUCAGUGCUGUGUUGAUAUUGUGAUUCGUCACAGAGACGUUCGGGCUUCUUACUAUGGUGUCAUAGAUAAAUUCCGUCUCCAAGUGUCUGAGCAGAGCCAGAGGAAAGCAUUGGGGAAAAAGGAGAUUAUUGCUACUCUGCUUCCAUCUGCAAAGGAACAACAACAACAAAAGGAAGAGGAGGAAAAACGAAUAAAAGAACACCUGGCUGAAAGUGUCUUUUUUGAGCAGACUUUGUGUCAACCAGAAAACAGAACUGCCUCGUCGGGACCUAGUUUACUCACAGUCUUCCUUGGAGUGGUGUGUGUUGCAGCACUAAUGCUACCUACAUUGGGGGAAAUGGAAUCCCUGGUGCCUCUCUACCUCCACUUAAGUGUGAAUCAAAAGUUAGUAGCUGCUUAUGUUUUAGAUUUGAAGAACAGUCACACUAAACUCAGUUCUCCUCUCCCACUACCUGGCAGAAAUGAGGAUUUAAAGGAAAAGAGCUAG